AUGCAGAUCUUACACCUGAUUAACGACCAGCAGCUGUGGUCUGACACACAAGGGAGCACGGGCUCAGAGGAGAGACUUGCAAUUUUUGUUUUAGUCCAUCGAGAAGAUAACAGUCGUACCUACAGGAUGAGGCCUACUCAGGCGGUGAGUGGGGUGGACGUCCGCUACCCCGCUAUCCUGCCCUACGGUAUUGUGCUGGAUUCCCAUGGACGUGUUAACAUGGCCCCAUCCCCCCCCCCCUGGGUUGGUGGGGGUGAUCCCGUUCCACACCCUGCAGCCCUUACUGCACCAGAGAUCCUGUUACUCAGACCACGAGGCCCCACUAAAAUGGCCGCAAAUGCGAAUCUACCAGUUCGUAAUGGGAACAACGACCCCUUUCCUCCCUCGCUGGCUAAAGUCCUCACAAGCCCAAGGCGGAUGCUACGUACCUGCAUGAGGCAGCCUCCGUGA